ACAUAAUACAGGAGAUGAAUUAAUGGUUACACUCACAGAAAGCAAGCAAAUUAAGAAAGAAAAUUCAAAUUUAUCAAAAUCGGAAAACUUGCCAUCAGAUAGUUCUAAUCAUCAAAUAGAUAGCAAUUUAAGCCCUGAUGAAAGACGUCAAAAAGCAGCAGCGGAUCGCGAGUCUCAGAGAAAAGAGUUAAAAAAUUUGAAGAAACUGAAAAAGCGCCAGUCCGCCGGGCAGAAACUUGAUGAUGAUAUAGUUAUUAUGGUACCACAAAAGAAAGCUACUGCAGCUGAUAAACUCGAAGAAACUCCUACUGUGGUUAUUGAUUCCGCAGAAUCAGAUGGAAAGAUCACAAUUGCUCGUAUAAAACAUUCAAAAGACAAAACUUCUUCUGCUGAUUCAGAUACAGAUGGUUCAGUGGAUUUAGAUGCGCUCAUAGCUGAAGGUAGUGAUUUAGAUUCUAAUGCGAUUCAAUUGAAUGAUGAUGGUCUAGACGAUGGUGAUGACAACUUCUGGAAAAUUGACCCAACUGAGCUUGAAAGACAUUUAUCUCCAUCAACAACUCCUUUGCGUCGUCCCUCACCAGAUCCACAAAGUACACCAACUUUGGUUUCUUUGGCAAUUUCUAACAGACCGGUCAGCAUGAUCGCGGAAGAAGAGGAGAAUUUAAGUGAUACACCCCUCGAAAUUGAUGGGCAGGAAGCUGACGAUAUUUUAAAUAC